AUGUACAGUACCACCUACAGUAUGAGCAAUCAGGAAAAGAGUUAUGAUAAAUGGACCCAACCUGGCUGGAGAAUAGAGCAGAAGUAUGCAAACAAAGUUCUAAUUGGCAACUGGGUGGAAGAGAAGCUUCAGGUAGGGUUUUUAAUAAAAGUUUAUUCUGGGAUUUUCAUGUAAUUUCAAUUAAUUGCCAUUGCUAUUAUGCAUUGCCUGUGAUGAAUGUUGCUAAUUCAUCAAAUAAUGCAACAUUUGGCAAGAGUCAUCAAGAGUCAUUAUCAAGAGUUUUAAUUACAGCAAAGCGUGGGUACAGCAGUCUUUCCUUUCGAUUCAAAUGAGAUUCUCACAAGAAAAACCUGCACUGAGUGUGAGAAUGUGCUAUACCUCCUGCUUUCUGUAGCCAAAGAUCUUCAACAAACUAGUUCAAUGGCUGGUUUCCAAUGGUUCUGCUGCUUCUCAGUCGGUUUGCAAAUCUAUACAAAAAUAAUUAGAGGGCUUCAGUUAAGCUACAUCAGCACAGACUCCCAGUGUGAGAGACUCAAGAGGCAGUCUAAUUGCAUUGACGCCAGGCAGGGCCGCAGGCUGCUGCUUCAGGAUCUGACUAGAGGGAUGUCUUUAGAAAUACUAUACAACAGCAUGGAUCGAUGGUGAAGUGUGAGCUUUGCUGAGCUCAUGCUUAAGUGGCUGAGCAAUCCCUCCUCUCCUCCUCUUUCCCCCUCCUCCUCCUCCUCCUCUUCCUGUCUAUUUACCCUCUCUGUCGAGACAGUUCACUCGAGAGUGUAAGACAGCCAACAGCACCAACCGUGCAGACUACCAGACACAGAGGGACCACCGGCCAGACGUCAUCCUCAGACGACAGGCGCUGCGGAAAGCUGAGGUCAGUCUUACACAGCAGGAUCAUGAUAUCAUUAGCAUUAGCGAAAUGCUAGUCAAGUUAGGCCUAAAAGUCUGUUAGAACAAAAUCCAAACAAAGAUUAUCCGUAUACGCAGAGGUAAUGAGCUAAUCAAUCAAAGAAGCAGUGUGCCCUCUGCCAUUGUUUUUUAAAGCAAUGGAUGGCCAGUAGAAUAGUGGGUUGUGGUGUGUUCCAGGGCCUUCCCGCCAAGCUGCUUCUCUCCCACCACGGCACGCUGCCCUCCCAUUACCUGGUCACCCUCUAUGAUGAGAUGUAUGGGCGCCAGGGCACCUCCACCCUGCCUGCCUUGCGCUCCUGGCAUCCAGACAGGCUGGCGUGGACACCAGAGAAGUCUGACCACCCAAGCUUGGGUAAGAGAGGAAGUCAACAUUAGAAUAAACCUUUUCUAAAGCAUUGGUUCCACCAAGAGUUUUGAGUGCAAAACCAAUAUGGAACACAGCACCUUGGUUUGACAAAACCACUUUUAUAUGGGUACAAAAUCAUCACACAGUAUGUUUGAAUUAUGAAAAGCUUGUAUUUACUUGACUGUGGCACAGAAAAAUGUUAGCUGUAAUUACAAACUAGUCUCAAGUAAAGAAAAACCGGGAAGAACAAAGAUGCAGUGUUCCACAACUAAAGUUCAGGCAGAAUAAAUGGCCUUUGAUUGUUCCAAAUCUGUCACAGAUAUAAUUAAUGACUGCAGCACUGUAACAGCUGAGCCCUCUCUCUCUCGCUCUCUCCCUCCCUUCCUUCUCCCUUCCAGCACCUCCAACUAACUUUGGCCUGGUGGAGUCUAGACAGGUCCGUCUGGACCAGCAGCAGUCCCCCCUCCCUGCGCUGAGUGUGUACAGGUCAGCGUACCAGAGGUACCCACCCAGUGCUUUCCGCCAGCCCUGCUUCGCCAGUGUGCCACGAGGCCUCUCCAGCAAGCUCCAUCCUGCCAAUCAGAUCAACAAGGACAUGGAUCUGAAACAACGGCCCUGCAGACAGGUCCCAGACAACUCAGUCUCCGCCAGCCUCCUCCCUCCCCUGUCUGUUGUGUAG